CGUGCUCGGAGUCAAACAAGAUAGUCUUGCUUUAUCAUUGAAAAUAUUGCAUUUUAAACGUUUUUGAAGUUGAAAAAUUACUUUUUCGAGCCAUGCGAGAGUUUAAAUACGAUGUUGUUCAAUUAAUUCACGCUGUAAGAGACAGGCCGUGCUUGUGGGACAAGACGGCGGAAGUAUACAAAGACCGGGCAGAAAGACGUGCCGCUUGGGAGCAGGUGUUCAGUCUUUUGGAGGAAAACUACGAGGAACUGUCGUCGGAACAAAAACGGGUUACUGGUGAACAAAUUCUAAACAAAUGGACGAACAUCCGCGAUACAUUUGUCAAGACACUCAAACGAUCUAGAAUGGGAAGACCUCGUAGAAAAUACCUAUUAUACGACCACGUGAAAUUCCUCAUCAAAGUUACCAACACCGAGGAUGAUUUCAACGUCGAACUAAGCACUGAUGACAACUCAGCCUAUAUGAAAACAGAAAGGGAAAGUCCAAAAGAGAUUCCGACCACCAGUACCAGAAAACGGUCAAGGAAAUCAAAUUAUAGUGACGAAGAACCAAGAAGAAGCAAGGAAUAUGAUAAAUAUGAGAAAAUGGAAGAUUUCGCGGAAAUAGACGAAUGUAAUGAUCCGAGGAUAAUGAACGAGGACGAGGCGUUCUUUGCUUCGCUCUUGCCAUCGGUUGUUAAGUAUUCUGAAGAUGAGAGACUGGAGUUCAGGAUUGAGGUGUUGGCGGUCAUGAAGAGAAUUAAGGAGAAGAGGAAUUGGUGAUUCAUUGUUGUAUAGAUAGCUUUGUACAAUAGUGUUUAUUUUGGGAAAAAAAACAAGCCUCCUAUAUUAAGA